AUGACGAGAAGUAUAUGUAGGUAUUCCUGGAUGGCGACAGUUGAAUCUUACGGGACUACAGAGCCAGAUUUCGAUCCCAUAAACGUCGGACCAGUCGAGGCGCUCCUACGGCAAUCAACGACUGCUACUCAUCGAGCGGUAAACGCUAUACGAGCAGCCGAAGAAGCAAAGGAGAGUCUCCACAAUGCCAUCAGCUCAUUAACAACCUCAUUUGACAGCACUAUCCAGAAGAGCUUAGCACUAAUCGAUCGUCUGGACGAGUCCGUUUAUUCUGGGCGCAUCGAUAAUGCCCAAAAAAGAGCCAAGAUCGAAAAACAAGCCAAUGCUAUCGUUCAGCAAGCCUACUCAAAUCCUAUUGAAAAUGCCGAUCUUAGAUUGUUCGAACGUACUGUUGACGUUUUGCGGAAAAUUCGCUGGGAUAAGGGCAAAGCGAUGACCUGGGGACGAGUGUUGGUACCAUCAAGCAAACAUUCUUUGAAAACAAAGCCUUAUCAACACCAGUCGAAUGGCCUUGGCCGGGCUAACCCGUCAUUCCUCGUUUCUGAAAAAAGAACAUUUUCGUCCACAUCACUCUUGAGAGUCAAAGGUGGGCGAGUUAUAGACAAAACUUUGGCUUCGGAAGGGACUGGGAAGCGUAUUUGCGCUGUCCUGGCAGGAUCGAACAAGCACGGGCAUUGGAGGGGUAUGUGGACAUACGUGCGUCCGAGGAUGCCCGCGGCAAAUUGCGCGGCGAAGUUCGUGACGAUUUGA